AUGCACAACCUUUUCCUCGGCGAGCUCCGCCAUCACUGUAUGAGUAUAUGGGGAAUCGACGUCAAGGAUGUCAAGGACAAGUCCUCGAGCCGCACGAAGGUCAAGCCUCAUUCACCGGAGGAACAGACGGCCUCUCUCGAGCUCCUCGCCAUGCAACUUAUGAAUGGAUCGACGCGGUCUGUGCUCAAGAUCCGCAAAGGGUAUAUCAUCGCCGUUGCCCAGUACAACAAGAUCGCCCCAGAGGAUGGGCUCUUCAGCAAGCAGGCUUAUGUCCAUGCCUUAGGGAAAUGGGUAAGGCUCCACCCCGGGCUGCUUAAGCUUCCGCCUGCGCUUGACGAGCCUACCACCGAUUUCCACUUAAAGGCCAACGAGUACGAUAUCUCCAAGUUCCACGUCUUAGAACCGGAGGUGAUCCAGACCUUACAAGAGGACAUCAUGCGCACACACUUUCCGUCAUGGAUGGAGCGACCCCCCAGGAAUUUCGGCAGCGCUAGUCACGGGAAGCUCAAGGCCGAUCAGUGGAGGACUGCUUGUACUGUUAGUAUGGUCAUUACGCUCUGCCGGCUGUGGGGCUCUGCCAGUGCGCCGCCCCGCGAGCGAGUACUCCUCGAGAACUUCAUCCACCUCGUCUGUGCCGUGGAUCUGGCCUCCCGAAGGUCCAUGAACAAGGAUCGCGCUGACAAGUUCGACGAGCAUCUCUUCCGGUACCUCACCACGCUGCGCUCCCUGUUCGACAACCAGUUAGUGCCCAAUCACCACCUGUCCAUGCACCUCAAGGAAUGCCUGUACCUGUUCGGACCUGUGCACGCGUGGUGGGCCUUUCCGUUCGAGCGCUUCAACGGCUUAUUACAACACCUGAACAUCAAUAAUAAGUCGAAUCAAAUACCACUGACGUUCAUCCGCUACUUCUAUAUCGGUUCAGGUAUCCGAUGGCUGAUGGCGUCGACCAAGUGGCCUGACCACCCCGUCUAUCGCAAGAUGGUAGUUGCGUACCACAAGGGGUUUCAGGACGCUGCUCGUGGUACUCGUUUCGCCACCUACGCUAGUCCCGGAUCCGAGGAUAACGAAGAUGGCCACCCGGACUACCAGGCAGUGUACGAUGAGAAGAAGGAAACUGGGCUCUCUUCGGAGAUCUACGGGGCGCUUCUAGCACGCUUGAACCUUGGCCAGGAGCCGGCGCUCUUCACAUCUCUGUAUGCCAAGCAGGACGACGGGCGACCGCGCCUCCACUUGUUCGCGAACAACGUCCCAAACGUCGUGCGUGAUGCGCUUACCUUCGCAUCCGCGAAGGCCGCAACCAGGAACUCCUUCAUCCUAUUCAAAGAUCUUUCCUCUGCGGGUUCAGUACCGCGCGCUGGACAAAUCAGGCAGAUAUUCCUCCACGGGCGUAUGGAGAAUGGCAGAAAGAUUGUGGAACCAUUCAUAGUCGUCGACGAGUACCGAUCCCUGUCUUCCUCUCAUGGAGCACUUGAUCCCUAUCGUGUGUUCCCGGACCUCAACACUCGGUUAUAUUACAACAAACACAUCGAUCAGCCUCGAGUCCUAAAAGUAUCGGACAUCGUCUCCCACUUCGCCGCUUUCAUCUAUACCCCGGAUACCAUUGGAACGGAGUGCAUCGUUGCACGGUCGCUGGAACGG